UCUCUGAAGCUUGGGACUCUGAAGCAGGGAAAAGGUGCUUGGAAGAAACGUGCAGUGUUGAGCCACCUGAUGUCGUGCUAGCGACCGGGUUAGGGCCAUCUGGGGGUUGCCAGCUCCUGCAGCGGGCGGGGCCGGGCGGAACGGGGUGCGGACGCUUGCACCUCCUGGGCACCCGCGGUCACACGUGUGACCGAAGCUGGCAAGUGGACACCUCUGAGGCUCGGAAAAGAUAUCCUGGAACACUGAUGGCAAACUUCAAGGGCCAUGCUCUCCCCGGGAGCUUCUUUCUAAUAUUUGGGCUGUGGUGGUCAGUGAAGUACCCACUGAAGUACUUUCACCAAAAGGGCCUGAAGAAGAACAGACUGAGCCUUCAGCAACAGCGCAUCGAGAUCAUUGAAGGUGCAGUGAAGACUUUGUUUGCAGUCAUCGGGAUCCUGGCAGAGCAGUUUGUUCCAGAUGGACCUCAUCUGCACCUCUACCAUGAGAAUCAGUGGACCAAGCUAAUGAACUGGCAGCACAGCACCAUGUACCUCUUCUUUGGUGUCUCGGGAAUCAUCGACAUGCUCACCUACCUUUACUUCAACAUUGUGCCCCUGGGCCUAGACAGAGUGGUUUUGGCUAUGGCUGUAUUCGUUGAAGGUUUUCUCUUCUAUUUCCACGUUCACGGCCGACCUCCACUGGACCAGCACAUCCACUCACUCCUGCUGUUCAGUCUGUUUGGAGCGACCAUCAGUAUCUCUCUGGAGGUCAUCCUCCGCGAUAACAUUGUGCUGGAGCUUUUCCGAACCACUCUCCUUAUCCUGCAGGGAACCUGGUUCUGGCAGAUUGGAUUUGUCCUGUUCCCGCCGUUUGGAACCCCAGAGUGGGACCAGAAGGACAUGGACAACGUCAUGUUCAUCACCAUGUGCUUCUGCUGGCAUUAUUUGGUAGCUCUCUGCAUCACGGCCAUCAACUACUCCCUUGUUUACUGCUUUCUGACUCGGGUGAGGAGACGCGCAGAAGGAGAGAUCAUCGGGAUCCAGAAGCUGAAGUCUGACCACACUUACCAGUCAACCCUUUUGAGCGGCUCGGAUGAGGAGUGACCUCAGGCUUGGAGCAGUGGAGACCUCACAUCCUCUUAAACAAUAGCUGGAAAGGAUGCAGCUUGUCCCCUGUCCUCUAAGGCUUGCCUUAUAUAAGUGCUCCUGUCCCUGUCCUCUAAGGCUUGCCUUAUAUAAGUGCUCCUGUCCCGUCCUCUAAGGCUUGCCUUAUGACCUCCUAGGGCUCCAUAUGCUGCAUCUCUCAUCGAAUACAAAGCCAUAGACUCAAAUACAGGAAAUUAGACCUCAAGUGUUUUUUAUGCACCAUAUACUUGGAAUAUUUAAGAAUACUUUAACUUAAAAUCUGUAUUACAUUAAUACCAUCCAUCCAGGAAAAUAGACACCUUCCAGUAGCAGGCCUGUCCUUGUAGAGAAAUGACUUUAAGACUCUGAACACCUACACUAGGAAGUGACGAUGUGGAUGAAGCAAGCCAGUUAUCACUGCUGCUUCUGAUAACUUGCCCCUCCUCUCUCAAUCAAGCAGGUACUUCCUUCUCAGAAAUGUUCCUUCAGUUAAUGACAGCUCAGUGUCUUCAAUUCAGAGCCAAGGGUCUAACAGAUUUAAAAAAAAAAAAAAAGCAACUCACGAGCUUUGGUAUUUUCAGCGUUAUCUUUUUAAAUGUUCUCUAAUACAUCGUACCAAAGUACUGCAUUUUAGCCUUGGUCAGAGAUAAAGAUAGAUGAAAGGUAAUUUCCUUAAAUCCAGUAGCUAGUUCAUAGCUCCGCUGAGAACUGAAAUCCCGCUGAGUCCUCGACGUCACGCUACUGAGGAACAUUUUAUAGCAAGCCUGUGCCUCCUAGAUGCAGGGGAAAAUCAGGUGAUGAAAAGCUUCCAAUUUUAAAACAGCUAAAAACCAAUGUAAUGGUUUUGAAUGCUUAACACAGGCUUGAUGCUCUACUGUUGGUCCUGGACAGGCUUUGUUUCGGGAGGUUUGUUUUUUAGUUUUUAUAACUUUCCUCAACAUGUAUUUAUUAAAUAUCCACUUUGCCCUAGCA